AUGGUAGAAAGGCUCCCAGGGGUAGCUCUUCCUAUUCGAAGGAGCAAUCAAGGAUCCUACUCCGAUACACCUUUCGUGGAAGAGAUUGCUUCGGUGGAGAUGCCACAAAAGUUCUCUUUCCCGAGUAUAAAGAUGUAUGAAGGUACCGGGGACCCCGACAAUCAUAUCGCCCAGUACAAGCAACACAUGCUAGCAGUGGCAAUCCCUCGGGACGCACGGGAAGCUACCAUGUGCAAGGGAUUUGGGUCAACUUUGACUGGCCCUGCUCUCCAAUGGUACAUCAACCUUCCCACCAAGUCCAUCAUGUCCUUUGCAGCCCUUAGCGACAAGUUCGUGGAACAGUUUACUAGUAGUCGCAACUUAGAGAAGAACUCAGAAAACCUCUAUGAAGUCCUCCAGCAUAGGAACGAACCACUUCGUACCUACCUAGCACGCUUCAACCAAGAGAAGGUGGCUAUCCCUGAGUGCAACGCUGAUACGGCUAUCUCAGCCUUCAAGCGGGGCCUCCUCCCGGAGGGAGAUCUCUACAAAGAGAUGAUCAAGUACAAGUGCAGGACUAUGGAGGACGUAUUGUCUCGCGCUUGGGCUCAAGUAAGGUGGGAAGAAGAUGUUGCUAGUAGGGUCAAAGCCGGUCCGAAGUACGAUCAGAAGUUCUCAAAGUCAACUAGGAAUGAUCGUGACGAGUCCACUCAUCCCAAAUCUGCUAGGGAGACUAGUAAUCCGAGCAGGGGAAGGUACCAACAUCGACCUCUGCCUAGGUCCGAGGGGAUGAUGGUAUCCAAGUGGCCUGAUAUCUCUCAUCUUGCGAUAUCCAAACCGGAACUGAUCGGUGUCCUACGACAAAUGGGUACUCAAGUCAAGUGGCCUCCUAAGAUGAAAGCCGCAAAGGCUAAUCGAAACCCCAAGCGAUGGUGCGAAUUCCAUAUUGACCAUGGUCACACUACGGAGGAUUGCAUAGCCCUGAAGAUGGAAGUCGCCGAGCACCUCAAGAAAGGCUACCUGAGCGAGUUCCUCUCGGAUAAGGCCAAGAACCUUCUGAAUAAGGAAGGUCCCGGUCUCCCUAUCGAGGCAGCUCCCGCAUUGCCACCACAACAAGACUGGGUGAUCCAUGUCAUCUUAGGCGGAUCGGAGGUAAGCAGAAUUAGCAGUGCCGCUGCCAAGAGAAGUACUCGCAACGCCAGGAACGGCCAAGAGGCCAUGGGUCCCAAGCGCCUACUCCUCGGAACAGACGAGAUCAGCUUCACUGCAAGUGAGCAGGAGAAGGUCCUUGCCCCUCAUCACGACGCCCUUGUCAUUUCACUUACCAUAGCAAACUGCUUGGUCAAGCGAAUACUAGUGGAAAAUGGGAGCUCCAGCAACAUAAUCUUCCAUUCGGCCUUUGCCGACCUAGGGUUGGAACCUACAGCUCUAACUAGAAAGGUGACUCCCCUUGUAGGCUUCAGUGGAGAGGUUAAGCAAACCAUAUGGGAGGUCCUUCUCCCCGUGUACGCCGAGGGGAUAAAUCAAGCCACGAAGUUCCUAGUCGUCGAUUGCCCCUCAUCGUACAACGUGAUACUAGGAAGGCCUUGGAUCCACGACAUGGGAGCCGUACCUUCGACUUUGCAUAAACUGGUCAAGUUCCCAACUUCCUGGGGCAUUAAGGCGGUCAAGGGAGAUCAAGAAAAUGCUAGAUCCUGCUACCAGAUUACUUUAAAGAGAAGUACCCAAGUCUUAUAG